UACGGAAGGAUCCUUUUGGAGCAAGGGAAAGGUGCAAGGUGGGAAGGAGAGAGAGGUGUCAGGUAGGAAGGAGAGAAGCGCAAAUGUAUAUAAGUGACUUGGACCGAAGAAGCUUCAAUGGACUCUCUCUUUGACCCUGAUCAAGAGCGCAUCCUUCCUUUUCAUUUUUUGCCAUCUCCCUUCCCACGCGUGGUCGUGCCGCAUUUCAGGGUCCUGCGUCCUUCCACUUCAACCUUCACCUUCUCGCGACGAGGAACAGAAUCGAGUUACCGUGUCUGUCGGUCGCGUAUUACACGUCGUGACAAUGUCAUAAGAUUGAGAGUUAAGGAUCCGAUUUGCUCUCAAGAAAAAGAUUCAGGACGAAGAGUGUGAUUUUGGUUUUACGUGCAAACUGUGACAUGUUCUUGACAAGAAGUUCCUGACUGUGGGAGAAAUGGAUGCUCGAAGAGCCUUGCCAUUCUUACUGCUAGUGAUUUGCGCAAUCAGCGCGGCCUCUAUCAUCAGGAAUGGCCGGGGUGGCCCUAACAACAUUCGACGCAUUCGCAGAAUCAAUUUGAGCGAAUAUCUUGUUCCACCACCACCGCCGAGACUUCAUCCACCUGGUAGAGUCGCAAGGUUGGUUACCCCUCCACCAACCGAGGGAUCAGGAUACUUUUCGCAGUUCAUGAAUUGGUUGAAUCCCUUCGCUUUUUCAGAAACACUGUUACCUCCACCACCUCCUCCACCGUAUACGGAAACUCCGUAUCCUCCGAAGUUAUCCUCCGUAUCGCCGAAGUUUGUACCUCCUUCAGCUCCAGCGGAGAUCUAUGGCGGUCCCUCUCCUACGACUUACGACAAACCACCUCCUCCUCCAGCUUCUUAUUCGGAAUAUCCUCCCGCGAACAAAGCCAAAAACUGCAAUCCUUGCAACAAAGAACCCUGGAUUCCGAUACAGCACGGUGAAUUUUCUCAUUCGGGAGCUGCUUCCUUCGCCCCGCCACCACCGCCAUCAUUGGAUGGCCGAUAUCUGCCACCCAGAAACCACGAAACACCUCACGACGCUUAUCAUGCCGCUUCUCAAGAAGUUAGAGCUGCUUCUCAAGAAGUUAGAGCUACGGAUUUUAGUUUGGCGCCACCAUUGCCCGGUGAAGAAGGAUCUUUCAUUAACCCGCUGCCAAAUCCACAUCUGUAUCCUGGAGCAAUACCGCCUCUCUACAAGGCGGAACUUUUCAAUUAUUCUGUGGAAGCCGUCUCCAAUAGUAACUCGGAAUAUCUUGACGCCCCACCAGCAUCAUCAUCACCUGUUUUUGAAAAUGUUCUGUCCACGGGAAAUGGCUCUUUCCCGGGUGCAGAAUUCAAUUUUAACAGUGGAGCAUCCGUUUACUCACAUCCUUCAAAUUCUGAUCGAGGAGUUAUUCAUCAAGAAUAUAUCAAUCCUGGCGCGAACAAUGGAGAGCUCGACUACUUUAACCUUCAAAAUUAUGUUGCGCACGGCGAUUUGUCUCCUAGCGACACUCAGAUAUCUCACGGUCAUUCAGAUCUUAUACCAGACCAGCAAAGAUUUGAAAAUACCGCAACUCAAAGUUCAUUCGAUUCCAUAAGUCAUCAAACGUCGUUCGACAAUUCCGAUGUUUCCAUCGAUCAAAAUCUUUCCGGCAGCUACGGGAUUUCCGGUCUCGAUCAAAUACCGGGCAAUCUCGAGCACCAAUACAACGAUUUGUCCUCCAGCGCUAACGUUGCUGAAGACUCUCGCGCGCCUUUGCGCGUUACAGAUGGAUCUUCCGCAAAGAGUGAAGAUUCAAUACAUUUUGAGGAGUCACCGUUGCUAGAUUUCACGGACAAGGAUGAAAGUCGGACGGACUCGUCCUCGAUACCGCCGACCUCUAACGCGUUCACAGACUCCACUAAUACCGAGGCUGCCGGGACAACUUUAACACAUGAUGACGAAGUUUAUGGAACACAUCACGACAUUACUGCAACAGAAUCUUACUUUCCUGAGGAUCAUUUCCAGACGAUCAAGUUUGUAACACCUUCAGAAGAAUCGAAGAUCAACGAUACUACGACACAAGACUCCAAUGAAGGUCUCCGUGAUAAUAAGAUUCUUCGGGGGCAAGAUGUUUCUUAUAUUCCGCCAUCCGAUCAGGUUGGGUAUUUAUGGCCGAGCGUUUUAUCAACGACUUCGAGAAAUACAGAGAGCAGAAAGUAUUGGCCCUCUGCGAAACCUGUAUUGAACAUUUUUGACGAUGCGGAGGAAACAUUGAAUGAAAAUAUUAAUGUUAAACCGAAAGAUGCGAAUAAGACAUCAACGAAACUAAACGACAAGAAGAAGAAUAAACAGGUGCAAGUUAUUAUUCCCUACACGUCACAAUACACACCACUUCCGUUCCAUUCAUCACACGACUCACAUCACGAGCGAAAGGCUCUGAAUUUUACGAGGGAGUCCAAUCACGACUAUUUUAUCGAGGAAUCAAGACGCAAUGUUAAAGUUAGCCUUCCGAACUCUUCGUAUAUUUGGAAUAUUUCGACAUUAUUGGGAAAUAUUAUUAGGAAACCAGUCGGUAUUAAAGUAAAUAACUCCAUAGACGUACAUAAAUUGCAAAAGAAUAUUGAUAAUUGGACGAUACAGGAAUAUUCGAAGGGUACUACUGCUAGUACAAUAUCAUCUAGUUCGGUCAAUCCGUAUCUUUUCCCUUCAAAACAGAUUCCUGAUAAGUACCUGACAACCACCGAAUCUGUUAAUUCUGCAAUUGGUCCUUACAACGAUAAUGUUAAAACAUUUACUUUGGCCGGAUUCAGUUUCAAUGAUCUAGAUUACAAAGGUUCGGCCAGUGAGCAUGUGGAAGGACAGCGAGUAAAAAUGACUGAAAAUUCAAAGUCUGAAAGUUCUACUGAAGCUUCUACCGCAUCUACAAAGGACGACCUUAUAUGGCAGGGCUUCUCCGUGGAUAUUUCUCCGGUGAAUAAGGAACGUAUUUAUGUGGUGACGCCUCUGCCAUAUAACGUAACCACUCCAAAAUCAAAUUCUGCCGAUAAGAAGAAAGAAAAGGCGAUGAAAGAAGCAGACAGAAAUUCGAAAGUCUUAGAAACGGACACGAAAAGAACCAAGAAUAAGUCCAAUACGUUCGAGUUAAUCGAGAAAGCCUACCAAGUGUUACCUCAGGCUGUGAACAACUUGGCUGUAGCUUCUACGGGUCCUGAGAGCGUUCCUUUAUGGGGCAUUAUGGAGCACGAGGAAUUUGCGACGCUUGAUGAGAAUGAACACGAGAGCGAAGACAGUGAAUCUCUUGAAAGUCCUGUGUUGUAUGCUGGACACUCAAAGGUCUCACGUGCCAGGCGAUAACGAAUUAAUUGUGAAAAAUGCUCAAAAAGAUUAUUUGUGCAUGUGCAGACAAUAUUGAUAAUAUUUAGUGAAAAAUGAGUGAUUGUGAACAGUUAUUUUAUUAUAGAAUUCUUCGUGAUUGCAUUUCAACAAACUUCUUACUUGAUAAGAUUUAAUGCAAAUCGUAAUGUAAAUCCUCUCUCUCUUUCUCUCUCUCUCUCUCUCUCUCUCUCUCUUUCACUCACUCACUAUUUUGAGUCUACGUAUGUGCAUAAGUGAUUAUUGUGGCCAGUGUACCGGAUAAAUGUAUUUUAUAAUCCGAACAUGUGUAUUUCUACGAGUUAUAAGUAGUUCAAUAAGUCUAAAACAAGAAAUAGGAGAAACUGUGACAGCAUGGCAUUUGCACUAAGUUGUCAUCACAACUUUUGUUUGGAAAUCAAUAUU